AUCUCCCACUGCCAAUUCGUGAAUCCCCAAUACCUAAAAUCGUAUUAAUUCAUUAAUUAAUAGAAGAUCCGGUGACCAAACCCUCGAUCCGUUACCAAAAACCUCUCUUUUUCUUCGUCUCCUUUCUCUAUAUUCCCUGCAGAGAUCGGGGAUCGAACCCGAUCUCUCCUCUCCUCCCCUUCCUCCUCUUCUUCUCUAAUGGCACCUCGCUCCCUCUUCUUCCUCUUCCUCCUCGUCGUUAUCAUCCCUAUCCAUGGCUUUGGAGCUUCGUUUAGGCCUCCGGGGCGAUCCAUUCUCCGAUCGCUCGGCGACAGCGACGCCCCCGACGUCGCCGUGGACCUCAACGCCACCACCUUCGACGCCGCCCUGAAGGGCUCCCCCGCCACCUUCGCCGUUGUCGAGUUCUUCGCUCACUGGUGUCCUGCUUGCAGAAAUUACAAGCCUCAUUAUGAAAAGGUUGCAAGGCUUUUUAAUGGACCAGAAGCUGUGCAUCCUGGGAUUGUAUUCAUGGCUCGGGUUGACUGUGCAAUGAAGGUGAAUACAAAUCUUUGUGAUAGAUUUUCUGUUAGCCAUUAUCCUAUGUUACUAUGGGGCCCUCCAUCAAAAUUUGUGUCUAGUCGGUGGGAUCCUAAGCAAGAGAAAAGUGAGAUACAGUCGAUUGAUGAUGGAAGGACAGCAGAACGUUUGCUUAAUUGGAUAAAUAAGCGUAUGGGCAGUUCAUUCAGUUUGGAUGAUGAAAAGUUUGAGAAUGAAAAUACACUUCCACGAAAUGCUUCUGAUCCUGAACAGAUUGCUCGAGCUAUCUAUGAUGUUGAGGAAGCAACAGCCAAUGCAUUUGAAAUAAUAUUGGACCACAAGAUGAUCAAGCCAGAUACUCGAGCCCCACUUAUAAAGUUCUUGCAGCUUUUAGUGGCUCAUCAUCCUUCUAAAAGGUGUCGUAAGGGCAGUGCUGAGAUACUGAUAAACUUUGAUGAUCUGUGGCCUUCAAACCCUUUUUUGGCCAGUUCAGAGGAGGUCAUUAGAUUGCAGGAAGGAGAUGCCGCAAAGAACUAUUGGAUUUGUGGCAAAGAAGUUCCUCGUGGAUAUUGGAUAUUUUGCCGGGGGAGCAAGAACGAGACUAGAGGUUUUAGCUGCGGCCUCUGGGUCCUGUUACACUCCCUGUCUGUAAGAGUUGGAGAUGGAGAGAGUCAGGCGGCUUUUACCACAAUCUGCGAUUUCAUCCAUAAUUUCUUCAUCUGCGAGGAAUGUCGCCGACACUUCUACAAUAUGUGUUCACGUGUCUCAACCCAUUUCAAUUCAACACGUGACCUAACCCUUUGGCUAUGGAGUACGCAUAACAAAGUGAAUGAGAGGCUAAUGAAAGAAGAAAAAGCCUUGCACACUGAAGAUCCUGUUUUCCCUAAAGUCAUGUGGCCCACAAAACAGCUCUGCCCAUCUUGUUAUCAUUCUUUGAGCAGGGCGAGUAGCAGCUCAAUGCAAAUCGACUGGAAUGAGGAUGAAGUGUUCCACUUCUUAGUUAAUCACUACGGGAAUAUUCUUGUUUCCUCUCACAUGGAUAGUAGUGUCAAUGGUAACCGAAAUGACUUAUCACUGGCCGAUGAUAUCGCAGCUUCUACUAAUGCAGUGGCCGUACCUAUUGGAGCUGCAUUGGGUAUCGCUCUUGCUAGCUGUGCAUUUGGGGCACUCGCAUGCUUUUGGAGGGCGCAACAAAAGAACCGAAAGUACUUACACCAUCUACACUCUUUAAAGAACAUAUGAUUUGAUUAGGAGGGCAAAGAAAGACCUGGAACUAAGAGUUGGUCGCAUAAUUGCUCGGCAGGUGCUCUAUUGACAAAAGGUGCGUAACAUGGGCGGAUCAUCGUUGUCUGAGUCUGUUUAACUACGCCAGAUUAUUUAAUCUUUUCUAUGAAAUGUACAGUCUCUUUAUAGUUGCAAUUUUGAUUGAGUGCCAAUGCCGUGAACAUUUUUUCAAAAAAGAAAUGUUUGAGAUAUAAAUGUAACAUUUAGAAGAAUGUAAGAUUCCUGUUAAUAUGAUUCUGUUUUCCUCUUGCUCAAAUGGGUAAUAUACGGGCUAGUUGGAUUUGAUGUAUGCUAGGUUACAUCUAGGUUACAAAUAACUGUGUUGUUGAGUAUUUUACUGGAAAUGUGACUAGAACACUGCGAUAUUUUAA